GCCCAAGCGAGCGCACAAGAAGGCCCGCGGAAUGCGAGAGGCCGACAAGGUGGCGCGCCCGCUUUUUGGGCCGCGAGGCUAGUUUGUUCCAUCCGUGGUUUUUCAGGUGCGAUGGACUCGCCCCCGCACGGCUGCCGGCGCGGGCAAGGCGUGCUGCAUAGUUUUUGUUUCUGUGUAUUAGGACUGACUCACUGCGCCAUUCUCUCCGCGGCCCUUGUUCCACCCGUACGAGCCGCUCGGCACUCGCUUCAAACCUGUCGGGAAGGAAGACCCCUGCCACUUACAGUGUUCAGUUUUUUCCCUACCACUUAGAGCUCUUUUCCUGAUGGCCCAAACCAAAUUCUUCCGAAUGAAAAAAGGUACCAUCCGACGGCGAUGUGUUAAACUGUAAUCGGCGCCGUGCCACUUGUCCUUGAAGUACUCGAUCGAUCAGAACGGCACCGCCACCAGAUUAAUUUCUUACACCUGACGUCGCAAAGGCCUGCAAAUGCAGCUCGGUCCACCCCGUUAAGACUUUGCUCUUGUGUUCUUGAAGUAUCUGCGCCUUCCUGACUCUGCCUUCCUAUUUUUGCAUUGAUUGCUUCAGCAGUGCGUGGCUUUUUCUUUCUUACCUGACACUAGCGUUACUCGAUCGCUCUUGCUUGAUAGGCUGCGUUCGUUUGAGACCACUCUAGAUCACUUCUGUAUUUCCUUUUGCGUGUGCUUUUUCAUAGUUAGGCUCCAACAUCACCAUUAAUACCAAACAAAACUACUAAGCAAAAAUAUGACCACUAUGACCCAUGAACUGGUGCGGAUUGGGAGUCGACAGGCUGGAAUGCACUCCGCCACGGUGUGGAAGAUUCCUAGUGCUGACAGUUUUGUCUUGACUACUUUGGUAUCAAGUUCCAGAAGACAAGACGAGACAGCCAAGACCCCUGCUAAUACUAAUACAUCUGCUCAAAACCAGGCGACUGACGUAACUCUUUACUCAAAGCCAGGCAGCCCUAAUACACCUGCCCCUGACGUGGUUCUUUACCUCCAUGGCUUUCCGGCGCAGAGUUUGGAUCACAGGCAAAACGCAUAUGGAGAUGUGAGUGAAAGAUUCGCUCAAAAAGUGAUGGAAGCGACUUGUGGUGUUGGCUUGGAUUUCUGUACCCUGAAUUUUCGUGGUACACCCGGUUCCGGUGGAAAGUUUUUCGACAAAACUGUGUCUGGAGAAAUUGCAGAUGCUAAAGCAGUGAUGCAGUUUCUUAAAAGAUUAAGAGAGACUGAGGACAAUUACUUGUUGCAAGCCAUCUUUCGUUUAACUCUAACUUUGUGCAGCUGUAGUUAGCACUUUUCUUCAGGUAGAAAAGUGCACGCAACAAAUUAUGAGGCAAAAGAUGGAUUAUGCUUGUAGUGUGAAGAGUUCUAAACCUUAGAAGUGACACCACAACAUCUACCUCCACCGAUGAUCACAGCAGCAGCAGCAGCAGCAGCAAAGUCCACGUCAUAGGCCUCUCAACUGGAGCUAUUGUCGCCUCGUUGCUACGAGGGUCCCCGAAUCUUUGUGCCUCUAUCACCGCAGUUGCCGGCUGCUGCACUAUUCCUGACGCCCUUGGCUUUGAUUUUGAUGAGUCCCAGCAAAAAGAAAUGCAGGCCACCGGGGCUUGUUGGAAAGACUUUUGGCUACCCUUUGGAAGUGAAGACAAUCCCAAAGAAGCGGAGCUGGCUGUUGCUGUACCAGGAACAGAAAGGACAGAGGAAGAAGAGCCUGAAAAGACGGAGCCUUCGGAAAAUAUCGAACCUGGUACUUUUGUUCGUCAUCGCAUGCGCCUUGGGAAGCAGUAUACGGAGGAUUUUUUAGACUUACGGAUCGAAGAUGCAGUUAAGGAAGGGGCAUCACCACGACCGCCACCAUUCUUAGUCAUUCACGGAACGGAGGACCAGGCUGUACCAAUACGAGAAGGAAAGCGGUUAUUUGAAAUAGCGGCAGAGCCUAAACAGUUCGUGGAAAUACCAAAAGGAAAUCACUUGUUGUCGAAUUCUAAGGACAUGAAGAAAGCAAUGAAAGAAUUUGUGUCUUUUAUUGCUAAAUUGUGA